AUGGCGGCAUCUUUUGGGCAGGUACUGACCCUGGUGCUGGUGGCCGCCCUGUGGGGUGGUACGCAGCCACUGCUGAAGCGGGCCUCUGCUGUCCUGCAGCAAGUUCAUGAACGUACCUGGGCUCGGCAGUUGCUGCAGGAAAUGAAGACCCUCUUCUUGAAUACUGAGUACCUGAUACCCUUUCUUCUCAACCAGUGUGGCUCCCUUCUCUACUACCUCACCUUGGCAUCCACAGAUCUAACCUUAGCUGUGCCCAUCUGUAACUCCCUGGCCAUUGUCUUCACGCUGAUAGUUGGAAAGGUAUUAGGAGAAGAUAUUGGUGGAAAAGGAGCAGUCACAGGCAUGGUGCUCACUGUGGCAGGAAUUGCACUCUGCAUCACAAGCUCAGUGAACAAGACCCAGGGGCAGCCAUCUACCCUCUGA